GCAACGAACGCCAAACCCAGCGGCCGAUCCCGCCGAUUACUGCUGAGGAGUGUCGGAAGAUUUCUGUUUGACAGCAGUUAAGAAUACAGCGUUUGCGUGUCUGCCCAUCGGCACCGUUGCGGCGUUAAAUUGAAGCGAAAACUGAACCAGCAAUGGCAACAGCAGAAGUGCAGCAACCAAAUGGGGUUCUCCCUGAAGAUAGACUUCGAUCGCUCAAGAUACAGGGCCAUGUCGGAUUUGACAGCCUUCCCAAUCAAAUUGUCAGCCGAUCUAUCCAACAGGGCUAUAGCUUUAACAUUCUCUGCAUCGGUGAAACCGGCCUGGGAAAGACGACAUUAAUGGAGUCUCUGUUCAACCGGUCCUUUGAAGCCCCUCCCAGCCCCCACAACCUAUCCACCGUGGCACUGGAACCCAGGACUUAUGACUUGCAGGAGAGCAACGUCCGACUCAAGCUCACCGUCGUCGACACCGUAGGCUAUGGAGACCAGAUCAACAAGGAAGACAGCUUCCGGUCCAUCGUCGACUACAUUGAUGGCCAGUUCGAGAACUACCUCCAGGAAGAGCUGAAAAUCAAGAGAUCCCUGUCGACGACGUUCCAUGACGGCCGUAUUCAUGCCUGCCUCUACUUUAUCUGUCCCACAGGCCACGGGCUCAAGUCUAUCGACCUGGUCUGCAUGAAGAAGCUGGACAGCAAAGUGAAUAUAAUCCCGAUCAUUGCCAAAGCAGACACCAUCUCCAAGACUGAGCUACAGCGGUUUAAAAUUAAGAUAAUGAGCGAGCUCGUGAGCAAUGGUGUACAGAUCUACCAGUUUCCGACGGAUGAUGACACCAUAUCAGAACGCAACCAGAGUAUGAACGCCCACAUUCCAUUUGCUGUGGUGGGGAGCACAGAGUUUGUACGUUCAGGCAACAAGAUGGUUCGUGCGCGACAGUACCCAUGGGGUAUCGUUCAGGUGGAGAAUGAGCACCACUGCGACUUUGUGAAGCUGCGCGAGAUGCUGGUGCGCACCAACAUGGUUGACCUGCGUGAGCAGACGCACACGCACCACUAUGAGCUGUAUCGUCGUAUGCGCCUGGAGCAGAUGGGCUUCUCGGACGUGGGCAGCGACAAUCAGCCACUCAGCUUCCAGGAGACGUACGAGCAGAAACGGCAGGAACACCUGAGCGAGCUUCAGAGGAAAGAGGAAGAGAUGAGGCAGAUGUUUGUGGUGCGUGUCAAAGACAAAGAAGCCGAAUUGAAGGAGGCAGAAAAAGAGCUGCACGCCAAGUUUGAUGCCCUCAAGAAACAGCACACUGAAGAGAAGCGCAAGCUGGAGGAAGAACGCAAGCGGAUGGAAGAAGACGUGAAGCGCCUGGCGGAACGCAAGGUGGCCGUGCAACAACACACCCACUCUUCCCUCACCCUCACCUUGGGGAAGAGCAAGAAGAAAUGACUGCUGGAACCCAUCCUGCGCUGCUUGCCUAACCUUUUCUACCUGGCCUGUGGCCACACAGACUUUUAAGAAGCGUGUUGAAGGCAAACUCCAUUUUGUACGACGCGGAAUUAUUUAUUUUACGCAUUUAAUAAUCAAACAGUAGCCAUCCGUUCUCGAUAGGUGAUGUCAAGAAACAGGUCGAGGGGCUCGGAGUAAGCAAGGUUGAGCGCUAUUCUACGCAGACGGGUCUGUGGUGGAACAACAUCGAUGGUCUUUCACGCUGUUGUAGAAUCGUCUCAACUUUUAUAACUUUGAAUCCUCAAAAUACACGUUUUCCCUCGACCAUAUCUAUAAUUUAGCGACGCAGCAGAAGCCUCCGAGUUGCAAAGUAGAAUAUGUGCGUAAGAGACGAUUACAACUGCCCAUAAAUGUUAUUGCAUCGUGGCCAACAUCCGGUCUGUAAAACUAUUGGUAGCGACGUAUGUGUUGUGGUAGCAGCAUGGGACACCUGGCACUGCUCAAGAAAACUGCACGUGAUCACGUUUCACCAGAUACCUCGGAUCACUCCUGAUAUACGUGUAUACAUUGUGAUUUCAAAAAUAAAAAGCCGGACACUUAUUACCUAGCCCAACUCCGUUUGUUAACGGUGUCUUUCUUGCAGUUUUAUUACUUUUUUUUUUUUUCGGAUGCUGUUAUGAAUCAGAAAAGAAGCCAAACAAAUUGCAUCUCACACGUUUCGUCUGCCUACCGCGUGAAACAAUGUCUUCAUUUACUUCGUUUUCCACAAUGUAGAAAACAAAGCAGACGGCAACAUUGUUUUGGCUCGAGUAAGCCAAUAAAGUGCGAUUUGCGUAGCCUUUUAUUUUUUUCUGGCGUUCUCAUUUCAGCACCUGAAAAAAAAUGUGAGGAACUCGAGAAAAACGCUUAGUGCGCAAAAUUCUGGUCAGGUGAGACGGCGCUAUUUAAUUCCUGCAUGUGAAAUGUGUGUGGUCUGGGUGGGACACCUGUAAUAUAGUGGAUGUCUCUUUAUGUCAAACCUGAUAUAAUGUCUUCCGGUAUUUGGGUGCAUGUGCCAUGUUCCUCUCAAUAAAUAUUUCCCCAUCCUUGGAUACUUUCACCAAACGUGGCAAAUUUGGAAUGUAUGACCUUCUGUUAUGUAUUGCUUGCAAGCAUCCAAGUUUUCACACUGAAGGAUGUGGGGUAGAUUGUAGUAAAUAUCCACAUCACAAGGUUAACAAGUGCAUUUUGUUCAAUUUUUUUUUUUCUAUAUUGUUGCCGUUUCGCACGGAGUGUUAUUUCUGCAUCAUUUUGACCAUGUAGCUCAACAGCACCUAUUGAAAGUUGAUAAUUUGAUCAUGUAUGUUAGCAAAUUCGCCCAUGAUUUUGUCCCAUCUUGUACUAUCGUCCAAUUGUCUAUUCCCUUACAAUAUUUCUGACGACGGAAGCUGUGAAUCUACUGCCCACGUGUUUUAGUUGAUUAGUUUUACGCUCACGCUUAGCAUACUUGAAACGUGUUACACUUUAAAACAGCAUGAUUCAUACAUGCUACGUGCAGUGUCAUUGAAUGAGCAACAUUAUGCGCGUAACUUUUCUAGGACAUACUAAGCCUGACUUAUGAGGGUUUCUACCUUAUCACGUGACUGAUUAUUGUAAUCUGCGUUUGUUUGCUCCUUUUUUUGCAUCGUCACUUAUUGUACAUUUUUCUGGCUAGUCAAGAUGCUCCGUUAUAACAUAAUAAAAAAGCUCGUAUCGGAAAUGUU